AGUUCUAUUGUAGUCACCAGUGAGUGAAGAUAUAUUCAAGACUCUAUCGAUUUAUUACCAUUGUGUUCCACACUCUUAGCCAGUUCAGUCAGUUCAAUUCGGUUCCUCACGCUUAUUUUGUAUGUGCCCGUGUGUAUGUGUAACAUAAUCAGCAGUCGGUUGAAUUUGAUGUGCAGUUGUGAACAUGCGGUGAAAAAAUAAAAUAACACACAGGGCCGAGAUACGGAAAGAAUAAUAAAUGUUGGAUUCGGCGCAGUGUAAAAUAUAAAUAGACCGACCGACCGUCGUUCGGUACCACGAUAAAACUUCACCAUAGAGCCAGUCAUACAGUUAGGCUGAAUGAAUGGUGUUUUUGCCAGAGUAACAACAACACACACCGUGCGCGCCCGUUUCAUUUUACGAUAACAAUGAGUGGAGUGAGCGAGACAACAAACGGAUUCGCUACACACACAUGCUGAACCCGAGUGUAUGUUGUGCAUACACACACACACAUACGAUAAACGUGUAUCUGGCUGUUCAGUCGGAGGGGUGUGAUGUGUUUUUCAGCAGCGCGAACUAACAUUUUGCGAUUGAAACCAUUAGAAGUGAAUUAUAUAGUUGCCGUAGAUGGAAGUGAAAGAGAGUCGAGAUUUGUCGUCGUUGUCCGGACUUUGUAUUUGUGCAUUUUCUAUUAAUCAAUGAAUCAAGAGAGAGAAAAAAAACCGAAGAUACAUUGAAUUAAUGGGAAUUUUAUAUAAAACAGUGAUAAGUAUUGCAGUUAUUAUAAAUUGAUAAAUGUGCGAAAAGAAAGUGAAUUAAAAAAUCGACUCUCAUACAGCGAAGAGUAAGAGCAGUGACACAGUGAACGAGUUUGUUGUUGAUUGACGAAAAACAGGGUGCGUUUUAUAUUCACCAAAAAAAUCAUUGCCAAACCAUCGACAUAAAAAUAUGGCUGGCAUGCGGAAUAGCUACGAUCGAGAUUACAUUGGGUUUGCCACUUUGCCCGAGCAAGUACAUCGCAAAUCAGUGAAACGUGGUUUUGAUUUUACGUUGAUGGUCAUCGGAGAGACUGGGCUCGGCAAAUCCACGUUAAUCAAUUCAUUGUUUUUGGGCGAUUUGUACAAGAAUCGUGUGGUACCAUCGGUGACCGAACGCCUCGAACGCACAACGCAAAUCGAAAAGAAACAAAUGGAAAUCGAAGAGCGAGGCGUUAAAUUACGUUUAACGAUUGUUGAUACACCUGGCUUCGGUGACAGCAUUAAUUGCGAAGAAAGUUGGCGGACGGUCGUGCAAUACAUCGACGAUCAGUAUCGCCAAUUUUUCACCGACGAAAGCGGAUUGAAUCGCAGAAACAUUCAAGAUAAUCGAGUCCAUUGUUGUUUGUACUUCAUUCCGCCGUAUGGCCACGGUCUUCGCCAAAUGGAUAUCGAUUUUCUGCGACGAUUGCACAAAAAAGUCAACGUUGUACUUGUCAUUGCAAAGGCAGACGCAUUGACUACGAACGAACUGAAACGAUUGAAGGCAAACGUGUUGGCCGAUUUGGAAACACAUAAGAUUGACCUCUACCAAUUUCCGGACUGUGAUUCCGACGAAGAUGAGGAGUUCAAGCAACAAGAUCGAGAGCUGAAAGAAAGCAUUCCAUUCGCUAUCGUCGCCAGUUCCAAUUUGGUCGAAGUUGGCGGUCGAAAGGUGAGAUGUCGUACAUAUUCAUGGGGAUGUGUCGAAGUUGAGAAUCCGCAGCAUUCUGAUUUCAUAAAAUUGCGUCGGAUGUUGAUUUCAACGCACAUGCAAGAUUUAAAAGACACCACACAAGAUGUUCAUUACGAAAACUAUCGUGCUCAGUGCAUUUCACAGAUAUCGCAACAUGCAAUGCGCGAUCGAAGCAAAUCCAAACGCGAAUCAGUAUCAUCGAAUGAUACAGUCAGUGAAACCGAUCGUUUGCUACUUCAAAAAGACGAAGAGAUUCGUCGAAUGCAAGAUAAACUUGUACAGAUGCAAGAAAAGCUAAAAACGAACACAAUUUUGGAGAUGAACAAGAAAAACGAUAGCGUUAUUGAUGUUUAGUUUGUUCGUUGUUGUUUCGAGUGGAAGUGAAAAGAAAUCUGCAUUUCAAAUUAAAUACAUCCCACGGUGUAAUGCAAUACACAUGUGCGCUACACGCGAAUACAAUGUUUUGAUUUUGUUCCAUCACUCACACACUACGUGCUCGCGUACAUUCUUUUUCCAGAGACACACAGACACACACACAUUCAACUGCAAUGAAACUGUAAUUUUAAUUUCGACAGAACAACCUGAUUUAUUAUUUGUUGACUCUUUUUAUAGUUAGCGUGCGUGUCACCAGUUUAUUUUCGUCUAAGCAUUAUUUUACCAAUCAGUCUAGAAGACAUACAUAUACACACACCUACAGAACAAAAACAAAAGAUCCAAACGCACAAUUUGUUUGGUUGAAAUGCGUAUUUUUUAAAUAGCAACUCACAUUUAGAGAGAUAGACACACAGUCUGGAUGACUUUAUCAUUCAACACAUUGCAUUAUUCGGGUACGAAUUCGUCUCUUUUUUGUCACAUACCACAUAUAGCAUCGGUGCAUCACAUUACAAACAUAGAGUAUGCAUCGUCAUCGCCACGCAAAGCAUCUACAUCGAACAAACAUCACUUGAGAAAAUAAAAGCUGAUUUCUUCACAAAAUAUUAUGACAAACGAAACCAUAGAUCUGAAUGAACCUUUUGAGCAAACACAUAGGAGAAUCAAAAUAAUGCCCUUGUCUUUCAAUGAGCUACUAAAAAUUACAUUUAUAAUUUCCAAAAUGAAACAUUUUUAUUUAUUUAUUUAAAAUUGCUAGAGUAUUUCAUUCCGAGAUGUUUUUUUUAUUUUGUUUCGGGAGAAAGUUCAUCUUGUGCAAAAAUGAAAACAAAACAAAAUUGAACUCGUAAAAAAAUGAAAGAAAAGAUAUUUGAAUUGACGAAAUUUGACGUAGGCUGUUGUUGUAGGAGAAUUUCUGUCUGAACUCUUUCAGCAUAUGAAUAAUCAGAAUUGCUUCCAAACUCUUUUUUCUAUGUAGUCGAAUCAAAAAAAAAAUUCUGUUUUAGUCAAUCAUUUUAUUUGAAUGUCAAAAUCAAAAGCGAAAUUACUUUUUCGUUCCACCAAAAAUCAAAUCUAAGUUUCAACAAGAACGAGAGAAGAGAGAUUUUUUUCUAUUUAUUUUUCUAUUUACAAAAAAAUGUUUUUUUCUUUUUCGAAUUUUAAAGGACAGAAGAAAAUUAUGCACAAAAUUCAGUUGCAAUAGAAAAUAGACAGCAACGAAUGCCAAUUUAAAGCACAAAUUAUUAUUAUAUUGGAAAUCAUUCCCGAUUUUAUUGAGACGAUUUAAACAAAAUAAAUGAAGAAACACCCUUUUUAGGUAUAAUAUUUACUCAUUGUAAUCGUUUGUAUUUCUGUCAAUAAAUAUAUGUUAUCGAAACCAUAUUUGGGGAAUACAUAUGAUAAAAA